GAGGGAUAUUCCCUGCCGGACACACCCUCCCUCUCUCUCCCUCCCUCUCCCUCUCUCUCUCUCCCUCUCAUUGUUUCCCACACUGACUCUGCCCUCCUCAGAUCGAGUUCACUAUCCAGCCAUGCAGUGGUUUCCAUGAGGACUGUCCAGAGAGAGAAACCAUUUAGCCACAGAGAUGCAACUUUUACACAUUGCACACACUGGCUGAACAUUUCUCCCUGCAGAAACAGCUUCUUUUGCCUUUUUUCUUCCGAUGGAUAAAGCCUGAGCCAGACGGGGAGAUGAAUAGAGAGUGUGCCGUCUAAUUGGGAUGAGAGUUCAAGUCAAGUGAGCAGGCAGAUUGGACGUGAAAUCCUCUUAACGUCGGCGGUGACAGGAAUAUAGAGCAAUAGGAGUGUGUUGGCACAAAGAGUGUGAAUCCAGAAAUCCAGAGAGAAGUUGAUGAGGUGUGCGCAUAUUUGGGGCUGGUGGGUUUGUUAAGGCGCAGAGGCAGAGCGAGUUCCAAUGUUCUCGACGGGAUGAGGUUGCCUUGAGUUUGAGGGUUUGAGUCCAAGAGGAGACCUGCGCGCAAAGAAGAGGAGGAGUAGAAAGGGAGGAGAGGUAGCAGGGGAGGGUGCCAUCACCGCUGGAGCGCAGAGCGCGGUUCCAGAUAUCCAUGACCGCAGGGAUGGAGAGCACAAAAGCGCACAAGAUAACACUGAUGGACCCUGGGAAUGGGGGCGAAAGGAUCAGAAGGACGCACCUUCACCUGCAGCGGACUGUGGUUCUUCUCGCUGUCCUGACGGUGCAACCUCAGGCCGUGUGCUCUGCUGGGAUGUUCGAACUUCAAAUCCGUCACUUCCACAACCCACACGGAUUCCUGCAAACCGGAAACUGCUGCGACCUGCAGGCCAGCGGGGGACAGCACUGCUCUGCCCGGGACCAGUGUGACACCUUUUUCUACGCCUGCCUAAAGGAGUAUCAGGCUCGAGUGGUCGCCACAGGAGCCUGCACCUUUGGGUCAGGCACUACGGGUGUUCUGGGUGGAAACUCCCAUUCGCCCCGGCACCGAGGACACGAUGCAGGAGGAGGAGGCGGGGGAGGAAGAGAGGAUGGGACUCACGGACACAUUUCCAUUCCCUUCAAAUAUGCCUGGCCUAAAUCGUUUUCUCUGGUGUUGGAGGCUCUGGACCACGACAACGACACCACAGAACCAGGUCAGCUGAUUGAGCGAGUCCUCCUCUCCUCCAUGCUGAAUCCUGGUGAACAGUGGCAGACAUACCGUCAUCAUGGACAGAUCCUUAGCCUGGAGUAUUGGCUUCGCUUCCGCUGUGACUCUAAUUACUACGGGCCUUUCUGCAACAAGUUCUGCCGAGCCAGAGAUGACUUCUUUGGCCACUUCAGCUGUGACCCCAGUGGCACCAAGGUCUGCAUGGAAGGCUGGACAGGACCAGAGUGCAAAGAGGCGGUGUGCAGGCAGGGAUGCCAUCAGAACCACGGUUUUUGUACUGUGCCUGGAGAAUGCAAGUGUCAUUACGGCUGGAAAGGUCCUCUGUGUGAUCAGUGUGUGACGUUUCCAGGCUGUGUGUACGGGAGCUGCACCGAGCCCUGGCAAUGUGUGUGUGACGUCAACUGGGGAGGCCUUCUGUGUGACAAAGAUCUGAACUACUGUGGCACACACCAGCCCUGCAAAAACGGUGGGACCUGCACCAACACAGAGCCAAACGAGUAUAAGUGUGAUUGCCAGGAGGGUUUCAAAGGGCGCAACUGUGACAUUGUGGAACAUGCAUGUCUGUCAUCUCCAUGUAUGAAUGGCGCCACCUGUGUUGAAGACCCGAACAGUUUCAGCUGCAUCUGUGCAGAAGGCUGGACCGGGAACACCUGUGCAGAUGCUGUGAAGCAAUGCGAUCGCAACCCCUGCGGCCGUGGAGCGACGUGUCAGGAGGCUCCUGGAGGUUUCCGGUGUCUCUGUCCAUUGGGAUGGACUGGCAGGACGUGCCAGCUGGAUGCCAAUGAAUGUGAAAUGGGUACAUGUGUCCACGCCCGCUCAUGUCAUAACCUGAUCGGUAGUUACCUGUGUGACUGCCUUCCUGGUUGGAUGGGGCCUAACUGUGACAUCAGGAACAGCAGCUGUCAGGGUUUAUGUUUGAAUGGCGGCCAUUGUGAGGACCAGUUGUCAGGGUCAAGAUGUGUGUGUCCCACUGGUUUCACUGGUAAACAUUGCCAAAAUGGAUUGGAUCCAUGUGACAGCAACCCAUGUCUGCAUGGUGGGCAGUGUGUGAUGAAGGAUGGAAAGUCGGCCACCUGUGAUUGCCCUGUGGGGUAUUCAGGACUCUUCUGUGAGAUAGAAAAUUAUCCUUGCAACCCUAACCCCUGCCAGCAGGGGGUGCAGUGUCAAAGCUCAGAGGGAAGACCUGUGUGUACAUGUCCUGAUGGUUAUUAUGGCAACGAGUGUGUGAGCCUCAGAAAGCCAUGCAUUGGACAGGACUGUCAAGGUGCUAUGUCCGACACAGCACACAGUGGUCUCAGCAUCUACAUGAUCCUGCUGGGAAUCCUGGCUCUGGUGACAAUAUGUUGCUGCAUCGUCUGCACAGUAGUCCUCUCUCGCCUGCAUCGGAAAAGGACAAAGCAGCAGUCUGUCCCGCAGGAAGAAAGCAUUAACAACCAGAGAGAAUUCGUGAACCUGAUCAGAAAUGUGGAGCGCCCCCCCGGGCCCAACCUCUCUCCUGCUUCAACUCAACCUCACCCCCCAGCUCCCGUCUCACGUUGCUACGAGGAGAUUGAACUCACCAUUCCGCCUUCUCCAGCACCUUCACACCCUUCCCCAGCUUUAAAACCAGCUCAUGCCCCCAAAAUGGACAUUUCAAACAGAGAAAGAGAGAAGCUGAAUCGUUUUCACUGCACAGACAAUCAGGAGCUGGAGGUUUGACCAUAUCCUGGACUUCUGUUUUCAGUUUGUAGCACUUUUUUUGUUGACAGGACUGCUGUCCCAUUAUUUACAAUGAUUCCAACAUGGCAGUUAUGGAGACUGGGAAGAUGUUUGACCUUUAUAAACUAAAAUGGCUCUCAGAUGAUUCUUGAAGAAAGAAAUGCUGCUAAAUGAAGGAUCAGAAAUCUUUCUCACAAAAACAUCUUUGGGCAUCAUUUGGUGGCAAAAAAAAAAGUUGUGAAGGUUGACUGAAAUCUGAACAUUUAAAGAUCCACCUUUGAGUGCCUGCAUUACAGCCAGGAGAGUCCCUUAUCGUGCUCUAAUUCACCAUCUGACAGGUGUGCAGAACAUCAUUUAGCUUCUGAAUCAAUCCCUGUUUAGCACUUGUGAUAUUUGUGUUGAUGAGUGUUUGUGAGAGCGCCUGCGAGUGAAUGACAGAGCGUAAAUUAUGAGUGUAUGUGAGGAGAAAAAAAGGGCAGAAACAUACUUAAACAAAAUAAAACAAAGAUGAUCUACUUGUGAAAAGGGAGUGUAUGCCUCCGAAGAAAAGGCUUUAAAGCCACGUUUUUUAAAACCACACUGUUGCCUGUUUUGUUUCUGUAAUACUGCAAGAUGUAUGAUUUUUUUCUACUCAUAUCUGUGUGUAAAAUAGCUUUUUUUUGUACAUGGAUAUAUUGUACAUAUUGAUACCGUUUUUGUACUGUGGUUCAGUAUGGAGGUAUGACUGUAUUACUUCACUCUGUCCCAUUUUACUUUCCGUUCGGGAUAAUCAGCACAUGUGGAUUGCUAAUAAAAGUGCAUUUACCA